CUCUGCCACCUUGAAUGCAAACCACAUCAAAGGGGAAGCCCUUAACCGCAAGCUAUUCCUAGUAUCAGAGCUCUAUAAAUACCGCCUCAUUCGACAAUGGAGCACUCAGAACACUUUCGAAAUGGAAUCCGUGCAACGCAGCUACGAAGACUUCCCCGCAAUGCCCAGCGCCGUUUUUCGACUCAUGGGCUACAAUGUGUUGGACGCACCGGACGAGACGCGUUCGCGGAGGCUGUUAAUGUGGAUCUACCGCUGGCUGUGCACCUGCAGCCACGCCGUCUGCGUGGGAUUUAUGAUUUUCCGCAUUUUUGAGGUCAAAACCAUAAACAGCAUCCCGCUGAUCAUGCGCUACGUCACUUUGGUCACCUAUGUCAUCAAUUCGGACACCAAGCACGCCACCGCCAUGCAGCGAGAAUCGAUUCGAAAUCUUAAUAAGAAACUGGCCGACUUGUAUCCGAAAACUACCAAGGAUAGAGUAUAUUAUAGGGUGAAUGAACACUACUGGUCGCGAUCAUUUCUGGCCAUGAUUUGCAUCUACAUUGGGUCCUCCAUUAUGGUCGUCAUUGGUCCCAUUCUACAGUCGAUUUUCGCCUAUUUCACACGGCACCAGUUUACAUAUGAACAUUGCUAUCCAUAUUUCAUAUACGAUCCCAAUCGACACCCGGUCUGGGUCUAUAUCAUCAUCUAUGCCACGGAGUGGCUUCACAGCACCCACAUGGUGAUCUCUAACGUAGCCACAGACCUCUGGCUGCUGUGCUUUCAGGUGCAGAUCUGCAUGCACUUUAGCUGCAUGACUCGGUCCCUGGAGGAGUACCAACCAGAUCGGACGCACGACGUAGAUGAUAAUCGCUUCCUGGCGCAGAUGGUGAACAAGCACGAAUACCUGGUUAUACUUCAGAACGAUCUCAACGGUAUCUUUGGUGGGUCGCUGUUGUUAAGCCUCAUUACUACUUCGGCAGUUAUCUGCACGGUUUCGGUGUAUUCGCUUAUACAGGGCCUAACCUUGGAGGGGAUUACAUAUGUGUUUUUCAUCGGCACUUCAGUCAUGCAGCUGUUCUUGGUUUGUAAUCACGGCCAGCAGCUUCUCGAUUUGAGCGAAGACAUUGGCCACGCCGCCUAUAACCACAACUGGCACAAAGCCUCGAUUGCCUACAAGAAGUAUCUGCUGAUUAUCAUUAUCCGCGCCCAAAAGCCAGUCGAACUCAGCGCCAUGGGGUAUUUGCCGAUCUCGCGGGACACCUUCAAGCAGCUAAUGAGCGUGACUUACCGGGGUCUCGCCAUGAUACGUCAAAUGAUCGAAUAGAAGGAAU